AUGCAUCAGCAAGGUGGGUGGUGGAUGGGAUUGCAUUCGACUCUCCUUUCCAUCACUUUCUGCUGCAUAGCUCUCUCGCCCACACAUGCAUAUAUCUAUGCUCAUGAUAGAAAUAUCACCAUGAUUUUCGAAGAUCUACCGGCCUUAUUCGGAUCACCACUUCCUAAGGAAGGAAUCAUGGGAGUUGUUGUGGUGUCCCGUCCCCUUAAUGGCUGCGAACCCAUCGACCCUCCUCCUCCGCUGCCACCAGUUUACGAUGCCAACACCACCAAAUUCAUAGCACUCAUCAGACGCUAUGAUUGCAACUUCGAUCGAAAGGUCCUGCAUGCGCAGCAAGCUGGGUACAAUGCUGCAAUCGUGCACAACAUGUAUUCUAAUGCUUUACUCAAUAUGAACUUCAGCAAUGACACUAUCGCAGAGGAGAUUGAUAUCCCCUCAGUGUUUACCAGCUACUAUGCGUCUGAAGCUCUCAAGAAGCUCGUCAUUCCAGAGCAAGGAGCCUAUGUGAUUCUCAAGCCGGAGUUUGCGCUCCCCCUCUCAUACUACCUUAUUCCUUUUACCGGAGUGGUCGGCAUGAUCAUACUAGUGAUGUUUAUUAUCUUGGUUAUACGCUGUGCACAGCACAGAAAGCGGCUGAGGAAAAACCGCUUGACCAAAGAACAACUGAAGAGGAUUCCUACUCACAGAUUUACUAAAGGGGAUGAUUAUGACGUGUGCGCCAUUUGCUUAGACGAGUAUGAAGAAGGAGACAAACUACGGAUUUUACCCUGUUCUCAUGCCUACCACUGCAAGUGCGUGGACCCGUGGCUGACCAAGACUAAGAAGACAUGCCCCGUGUGCAAACAGCGAGUCACCCGGAGCAACCCUGAACAGUCAGAGUCCGAAUCGGAAGAAGAAAGCAGAGUCCGAGGCGAAGAAGAAGGAACAGAGGGCGAGGCGGACUCGGAGCGCACCCCUCUGCUCCGCGCAUCCAUCCAGGGGUCCCCUUCCGGGAGUCCCGGAGCGUAUUCCGCCACUGCAGUGACCACCGCUCAGUGCAUCCCCUCGCCGGAACACGCCGACUCCCCCGUCCUGAGUUACGAAGGCUACUAUUCCCCGCAAGAGGACACGGACACGGAAAGCAAUGAAACAGAAGAUGAGCAGCACCUGGUUGAAGAUGACACUGCUCAGCUCAUCGGUAGGGGUAUGGUGCACAUCUGA